CUAUGGACCUAACAAUAGACUGGGAUAGGCAAGUUUGCCAUAAAGAAAAAAACGGUGGGGUGUAGACCACAGUAGAGUUGCCUGAAUGAGUGCGGUCGUGCGUGGCUGUGAGUCUGGAAUAAUUGUCCAGGGUGGAAUUUCCUGAUCGAAAUAGACAACUGCCUGAGUUGGUUCCAUCUCAUCUUCCCCUGAGGAGAGCCAGUCCAACGGCACGUCUCAAGAAGCAGCCGUCUGCAGCCUAGCUGAAGAUGUCUGAUAAUGGGGAGGUCGAAGACAAGCCCCCAGCCCCGCCCAUGAGGAACACCAGCACCAUGAUUGGCUCCAGCAGCAAGGACCCCGCCCCCUUGAACCAUGGGUCUAAGCCCCUCCCCCCCAACCCAGAGGACAAGAAGAAGAAGGAUCGAUCCAUCAGGUCAAUACUCACGGGGGGAGGAGACAAGACUAACAAGAAGAAGGAGCGCCCAGAGAUCUCUCUCCCGUCUGAUUUUGAACACACCAUCCACGUUGGCUUUGAUGCCGUCACUGGAGAAUUCACCGGCAUGCCAGAGCAGUGGGCGCGACUCCUCCAGACCUCCAACAUCACCAAGCUGGAGCAGAAGAAGAACCCGCAGGCCGUUCUGGACGUGCUCAAGUUCUACGACUCCAAGGAGACCUCCAACAGCCAGAAAUACAUGAGCUUCACCGACAAAAGUGCAGACAACUACAGCUCCUCAGUCACAACGAACUCCAAGGCCGUGUCGGAGACGCCCGCCAUAGCAACCGUAUCCGAGGACGAGGAUGAAGACGAGGCGGUGCCGCCGCCGGUCGUCGCGCCGCGACCGGAACACACCAAAUCGAUAUACACCCGGUCGGUGAUCGACCCCAUCCCCCCUCCCCCGACCAAAGAUGCAGCGACCUCGCCCAUCUCUCCACCUGCCGCCACAGCUUCAGCUGCCGUCCCCGCCCCUCCCACAGCCGAGGGCGGAGCCAGCAGCCCGCCUAGCGCAAGCCCCGCCCCUGGACCCUCCGUGCCCCGCCCUCUGGACAAAACCAGAAAGAAGAAGAUGUCCGACGAGGAGAUUCUUGAGAAACUACGAAGCAUUGUGAGUGUAGGAGACCCUAAGAAGAAGUACAGCCGCUUUGAGAAGAUCGGACAGGGGGCUUCCGGAACCGUCUACACAGCCAUAGACAUCGCUACUGGACAGGAGGUGGCCAUCAAGCAGAUGAACCUGCAGCAGCAGCCUAAGAAGGAGCUGAUCAUAAACGAGAUUCUGGUCAUGAGGGAAAACAAGAACCCCAACAUUGUUAACUACCUGGACAGUUACCUUGUUGGAGAUGAGCUGUGGGUGGUGAUGGAAUACCUGGCAGGAGGUUCGCUGACUGACGUCGUCACGGAAACCUGCAUGGACGAGGCACAGAUCGCUGCAGUAUGCAGAGAGUGUCUGCAGGCACUGGAGUUCCUCCACUUUAACCAGGUCAUCCACCGCGACAUCAAGAGCGACAACAUCCUGCUGGGCAUGGAUGGAUCCGUCAAACUCACUGACUUUGGCUUCUGCGCCCAGAUCACCCCUGAGCAGAGCAAGCGCAGCACCAUGGUGGGCACGCCGUACUGGAUGGCGCCCGAGGUGGUGACCCGCAAGGCCUACGGGCCCAAGGUGGACAUCUGGUCCCUGGGCAUCAUGGCCAUCGAGAUGGUGGAGGGGGAGCCACCCUACCUCAACGAGAACCCCCUCAGGGCGCUGUACCUCAUCGCCACCAACGGGACCCCCGAGCUCCAGAAUCCCGAGAAGCUGUCCGUCGUGUUCCGGGACUUCCUGAACCGCUGUCUGGAGAUGGACGUGGAGAAGAGGGGCUCGGCCAAGGAGCUGCUGCAGCAUCGGUUCCUGAAGGAGGCCAAGCCGUUGUCCAGCCUGACCCCCCUCAUCCUGGCUGCCAAGGAGGCAGCCAAGGCCAACCGCUAACUGGCUAGCCAGCCAGCUAGCCUAGCCUUGCACUCUUCCAACAAUCCAUCUCUCCAUCCAUCUCCCACUCUCCUCCUCUCUUUUCUUGGGGUGGGGUGGGGUAGGGCGUGUCACCAUCUGUGACCUUUGAACCCCAUGUUGACCCCCCCCCCCCCCGUUCCACUGUUGCUAGGGCACCAUCAGUGUCUUCAAGCAACUCCCACAAAUCAACAGCUUUCUAUUUUUUUCUCCACCUCCUUUUUUUUUUAUAUCCUACUUGAUGACGAUGAUGAUGUGGAGGAGGAAGAGCGGGUUCGCUGGUGACAUCAUCGAUGAUGACUGCAUGAUGGGUCACACAAAUCUGGUGUGAUGGUUUCCAUGGUUUCCAAUGGCCUCCUCGGAGGAUUAAUUCAACGGAUACCCAAAGACUCAUGGGAGAUUUUUUCCUUCUUUCAAAUUGUUUUAUUUCUGUCUGAAAAUCCCACGCCCUUCAUCGGCCCUACGGCCCCCCGCUGCGGACGGCGUCCUCAUCUGUGUGUAGCUGUGUGUGUGUUUGUUGUGUUUGCAUGUGAUCGAGAGAGAGGGGUUUAGUGAUAAUUUUACCGGGUCAAAGGUACUAGUCUGGAACUUUCUCUUUCAGUGGAUUAUUUCACUGGCUCAACUCUAAUCUUCUUCUUCGCUCUCAAAGUGCAUUUCUCACACUUUGUUUUAUCAAAUUGUAUUUUUUAUUAUUUUUUAAGUUAAGCCUUGGGAUGGGGUGGGGGUCAGUUUGUGACGUUGGGGUAUUGUUGGUUUCGUUGAUAUAGCAUUUGCUAUAGCAGUGCAGUGAAUGCUGCAAGUUUGGCACUCUGUCCGCAGAGUGAGCCCUACGUUAUAGACUCAAGAUAACAUCAACUAUAACGAAGAUAUCAACACACACUGGCAUGCCCAGAGCCUGGGAGAGACCUGGUUGGACACUGUUGUUGGAGUCCCCCCACCCCCCACCCCCCCCACACACUCCUUUCAUGGCUGUUGCUAAGGAACUGGCCCCAGUCUAGUAUACUGGGAGUUUCCAGUAUUGUUUUAGCGCUCUGUGAUGAUGUUUUUAUAUCUGCACUCUAUCAUUCUUAGUAUCUAGGCCAGCGAAUGCAUAUUUAGCUUGUCAAGUCAAAAAAUAAAUGCUGUCCUUAAAGUAGCGGUUUCAUUUCUCACUCCCGAAGCCGUGGACAGCCAACGUUGUAAAUACCCACACUCAAAAUGUCCCUCCAGAUCUUUGCGUCAGGGGAGAUGCUUGUUUUCGAAUCGGAAAACUCCUGGUUGGAACCCCGCCCAAAGCACCACCGGUUCAGGUCUGGCAACUCGUUACGUUAACGGCAGCAUUUAUGAUGACAAAUCGAUCAGGCAUAAACAAAACCAAUAACUACUUCCACAAUAUACCGAUAUUACCCAUCAUUCCAGCUGGCUAGCCAGGCCCUGUUCAUUGGCUCUGGGACUCAACACAGCUGUCUGCGGGAUUGAAUGCGAGGCUGAUCGGGGGAGAGAUUGAUGUGCAUGUCAACUGGAAACUGAACGUUCUUUUUUUAUAUGAUAUGUUUAAACGAAACAACAAAAAAAAAACUGUGGUGAUGAAUUGUGAUGAUGACGAGCUGCAUAUAGUGACGAUGAAGAAUGCCUGUGUCAGUUGGCUGAAGAGAAAUAUGUCAAACUUAUUUUGUGACAAAGGAAAGCGUUGAGCAUUACUUGCGGUACUGUGCGUGGACCUCUGCUGGAGGACUGGAUCAAACGGAUAUGAAACUGAGUUGUACAUUUUAUGUGUAAAAAAAAAUAAAAACUUAAUU